AUGCUCGCCAACGUGCACAACACGCUCGCGUGGCAGGCGGAGAAGCGCGGCGUGACCGUCGCCAUCGACGCUGAAGACGGCCUGCCGCCCGUGAUCGGCGACGGCGACGAGCUCACCCAGGUGUUUCUCAACCUGGUCGACAACGCGAUCAAAUACGGCGAUGCCGAGGGAACCGUCAGCGUGGAGGCGCGCCAGGUGGCGGAGGCGCAGGCGGCCGGCUGGAUGGCAGGAAAAGACGGCGCGGUUGCAGUCUCUGUCGUUGACCGGGGCGCGGGUAUUCCGCGCGAGCAUCUGCCGCGGCUCACGGAGCGCUUCUACCGCGUGGACAAGGCGCGCUCGCGCGAACUGGGCGGCACCGGCCUCGGGCUCGCCAUCGUCAAGCACAUCGUGAACAGGCACCGCGGCGCGCUCGCCAUCGACAGCACACCCGGCGAAGGCAGCACGUUCACUGUCUACCUGCAGCCGGCCCCGGUGGCCGAGGAUGCAGCCCUGAAAGCGGCGGCGCAGCCAGCAGGCGACACGGCCAGCGGGCGGGCAGACGAACCGUCCGAAAUACCCGUCACAAAAUCGUAA